CCAAACAUAAGAUAAUAUUUUAUUCAUGGUUUUGAUUCAUGCAAAUAUGAUAUGUUCCCAUUAUCUCAGGAAGUGAUUCAAGAAUUAGGAGUCUAUGUGCUAUCAUUUGAUAGAGCUGGCUAUGGGGAGAGUGAUCCAAAUCCAAAGCAGUCAGAGAAAAGCACAGCUCUGGAUAUUGAAGAACUUGCUGACCAGUUGGCGGUAGGAUCCAAGUUCUAUGUGAUUGGAUAUUCGAUUGGAGGAGAGAUUAUCUGGGCAUGUCUGAAAUACAUACCUCACAGGCUUAUGGGAGCAGCUAUAGUCGCUCCAUUUUCUAACUACUGGUGGCCUGGUCUUCCUGUCAACACAUCAAAAGAGGCUUAUGAUCAACAACUUUUACAAGACAAGUGGGCAGUCCGAGUUGCUCAUUAUGCCCCUUGGUUAGUAUACUGGUGGAACACCCAAAAAUGGUUUCCUGCUUCAAGUGUUGUAGGUCAACGAUCUGAUGUUGUCUCUACACAAGACAAGGAGCUCUUACCCAAAUUAGAAUCUAGAGAUCGCUAUCUGGCACAAGUAAGACAACAAGGAGAAUUUGAGUCAGUCCAUCGUGACAUUAUAAUUGGUUUUGGGAACUGGGAAUUUGAUCCUUUAGACCUCGAGAACCCAUUUCCAAAUGAGGGUUCGGUCCACUUGUGGCAGGGUGCCAAGGAUAUGAUCGUGCCAGUUACACUGGCACGUUGCAUCAGCCAAAAGCUUCCUUGGGUUCGCUACCAUGAGCUUCCAGAUUCUGGCCACAUGUUCGCAUUUGCUGUUGGUAUGGGCGAUUCUAUUGUGAAAACACUUCUGCUCGGAGAUCAGUAGCUGCAAGCCUGCUGUGACUGGCUGGCCUGGCCUGGCCUAUUGUUCUUGUAAGUCUCUGUACUUGACGUCUCGGUUGUGGUUUUUGUAUUUUGAUUCCCCUUUGAUACUAAUCAAGCAUGUUGUUCCAAUGAGCUAUACUAGCAUUUGCAUGAAUUGUUCUCUUGAUGAGAUUUGUAAGCUAAAAUGGAAAUAUGCAAUUUUGGGGUGAUAACAUAUUGAGAUGAAGCUGGGUUAAUGUGACAA